AGCUGAAUGGGAAACAUAUUUGUGUGCCUCGCCGUUAUAUUAUUGACUGCAAUAGGGAGGAGAGAGGAUGACAGGCGAAAACACUCGUCCGCGUAAAUUAAUUGCCGAAGGGACGACCGGGGCAAAAUAACAUUUCUGGUGUGUUUAAGCAGCGGCUCAAGUGGUCUUUAACUACACGCUCCGCAUUCAGCAGCCACGGAGAGACUGCUGCUGCAGCCGAGGAAGAAGAAGACGGGGAUGCGAGGACUUCAGGAGAGAUAGAUACAAUGUAUUUGUCCUUUUUCUCGUCAAAAUGGAGGCUUUUUUAGAAGGAAAAGACUUCAGUUGAACGUACGUUUCUUUGCGGUCGUGCUGGUGGCUCUUGUGUGCGAAAAUGAGGAUAAUAAACAGAUAGGGCGUUUAAUGGGCCACCUUUUUCUUUUUUUUUUAGUUUUUUUUUAAUUUUUUUUUUUUUUUUUACCGUGGACGAAAGGCUAACGUUAGCGGUUUUUUUUUCUAAUACUGGGCAGGUUUUCUGUGUCGUGUAUUGCUAGCGUGAGUUUCGCUGAGCUAGUUUGGUCGGUUUUCUUCGUUUUCCUGACCAAGCUCUUCAUAUCAAAUGAAAUCUACUCUCUGCCUUCCCUCCCGGUGUUGUUAGGGGCCUCUGCUGACAAACUGCGUCACCGAGUGGGCGCUGCAGGUACUCAUCUCUGAAUCUGCAGUUUGGCAAGUCUAGCCAUGGCAAGAAUGAACUGGAAACCAAAACGACUGAACUUUUGAAUCACCAUGGAGCCGGAGCCAAAUUCCAACUCCGUAGAACUGAAAUAUCCAUCUGUACCCGGCUCUCAAUGUGAACUGGCCACUAGCAUGUAUGAGGCCAUGGGUGAUGGAAAUGUCAAUGUUGUGGAAUCAUUAGUGAGAGGUGGAAGUGACCCCAGUGCAUAUCCAUCUGGUUAUCAAAGGAGUGUUCACCAGAGAUUCAUCAGGAGGAGCCUAUGGUUUUCAGACACAGAUGAGCAGGCCUUUGAAGCACCUGAGUGUGACAACAGAAGCAAGAUUGUGAACAUAAACCUGCGAACAAUAGUGGACAGGACUCGGGGGACUAGUUGUGGGAUACAAGAAGGUUCAAGCACUGAAAGUCAAGGAGGCCAUAAAGACAGCGCAACAGAGAGUGCCAGUGCUGACGAGGAGAAGGAGAAAGGUGGAACUGCAUUAAAUCUUACAUGCAGUGAUUCUGGAAAAGGCGCUAUCAAGGCAGCAAGUGAGGAGAAUGAGGAGGAGGCUGAGAUGAAAGCGGUCUCCACAUCUCCAGGAGGGAGAUUUCUCAAGUUUGACAUAGAGCUGGGGAGAGGGUCCUUUAAGACAGUCUACAAGGGUCUGGAUACCGAGACCUGGGUGGAGGUUGCCUGGUGUGAGCUGCAGGAUCGCAAGCUGUCCAAAGUGGAACGUCAGCGCUUCAAGGAGGAAGCAGAGAUGUUAAAGGGUCUUCAACAUCCUAAUAUUGUCCGUUUCUAUGACUUCUGGGAGUCACCCAUGAAAGGAAAGAAGUGCAUUGUAUUAGUAACAGAGCUCAUGACAUCAGGAACACUAAAAACCUAUUUAAAGCGUUUUAAGGUGAUGAAACCCAAAGUGCUGAGGAGCUGGUGCAGGCAGAUCCUGAAAGGCCUCCAUUUUCUCCACACUAGGACCCCUCCCAUCAUUCACAGGGAUCUCAAAUGUGAUAACAUAUUUAUCACUGGACCUACAGGCUCGGUUAAGAUUGGAGAUUUGGGACUGGCAACCCUCAAGGCUGCUUCUUUUGCAAAGAGUGUCAUAGGAACCCCUGAGUUCAUGGCUCCAGAAAUGUAUGAGGAACACUAUGACGAGGCUGUGGAUGUCUAUGCCUUUGGCAUGUGUAUGCUAGAAAUGGCAACUUCAGAAUACCCCUACUCAGAGUGUCAGAAUGCUGCCCAGAUAUACCGCAAAGUCACAAGUGGAGUGAAGCCAGCCAGCUACAACAAGGUCAUGGAUCCUGAAAUCAAGGAGAUUAUUGGAGAGUGUAUCUGCCAAAAGAAAGAGGAGCGGUACACCAUUAAGGACCUGUUAAACCACGCCUUCUUUGCUGAAGACACAGGGGUACGGGUGGAGCUCGCUGAGGAGGAUGAUGGCAAAAAAGCCUCAAUAGCGCUAAAACUUUGGGUGGAAGACCACAAGAAACUGAAAGGCAAAUACAAAGAGACAGGGGCCAUAGAGUUCACAUUUGACUUAGAGAAGGAGGUUCCUGAAGUUGUGGCACAGGAGAUGGUGGAGUCUGGCUUCUUCCACGAGAGUGAUGCUAAGACUGUGGGAAAGUCGAUUAGGGAUCGUGUGGCUCUGAUCAAGUGGAGGAGGGAGAGAACGGUGUCUGCUGCAGUUGCCGUGGGUCAAGGUGAAGGAGGACACAGGGCCAAGAUGAUGGCAUGUCAGGGUAUCCCUGCUGGGGCUUCACAUGUAGGUCAACCUUUGCUGGAACCAGAAGAGCCAGAGACAGACCAGCACAACAGACUGCGUAACCUACCAGCCAGUGUAACCUCAGUGACAUCAGACAGCACACUCGACAGUGGUAUGGGCUCGACUGUGUACUCAGACUCCCACAGCAGCCAACACAGUGUCCUCUACCAGUCCCUGCUGGAGCCAAUUACUAUGGCAACACAGCAGGUUGGUAUCAGAAGCAUACACACCCAGUGCCAGAGUGGUAGCCCUUUCCUGACAGAUCGACCUCGCUCCUGUGAAAAGGGGGAGAUAUUGGGGGCAACGAUGAGCCCAGAGCUCAGGAAUCGUUUUGGAGCUUCAGCUCGGAGAGGAAGUGCUCCUGUUAUUGACACUUACAGGGCAAACCAUGUUUCUUCACUCCAUGCCACAUCCAUUCACUCUCAGAGAUCAAUGAGUCUUACCCCCAUAGAACCAGAGAACCAGCCCAUGCUUUUUCCUCCAGAGAUUCACUCAGAAGCUGAGGACAGCCUCUCGUCACAAAAUGCUCUGCCAGUUACACUGGUCUCCCCUGUCUGUCCACAUUCUGAGUACCGCCGCCUUAGUGACACCAGCAUCAGACGAUCAACAGAUACCAUCAAUGAGAACAUAACUGCACAUGGUGGACGCAGACACUCUGACCUUAGUAGUCUGCUCAGUCUAUCCUCCUAUCAUAACCACCAUGUUGGAAUGCAUCACAACCAAGUGUGCCAGGCCUGUCUCUCUUUGCUUCUUCUAAGGUCACGAGAAGGCAGUCACCGUCGUCCUUCUGUUGUCAUGCCAGCACACCUCUGUCCAUGUGACUUUAGACCGUCCUGUGGGGGCACAAAGACCACUCAUGGUUUUGGACGGCUGAAAGGUCCCAGUGAUUGUUCAGAUUUCUCACUUCUUCAGCAGUCCCUAUUUAAAAUAAUAAGCCGUAAAGCGGGCCCUUGUCAAAGCACAGUUACCCAAACUUCCAUGCUGAACUCCUCAGCUGUCCACAGGCCUCCCUGCAGUGAUGGAGACAACAGUCUGAAGAAUCGUUUCCAAAGCUGCAGUUCACUUGGGGAACAAGAGCCCCUGCAGGACUGCGAGGAUAAAUUCUGUGCCGGAGAGCAGCAUAUAACAAGGGCGGUGGGAGUGAAUAAUUCAGCAGGCCACCAAAAUCAACCACCUGUCCAGGGCAUGCCCUCUUCCAGCACAGCAGUGCACACAACACUACAGUAUCUCCAGCCAGGACACAGCUACCCUACUGCGCCAUACACUGGCCAGCAUAGUGCCCAUUCAACAGAUCCGGCAAGUCUAUGUUCAAUCAACAUUCAACAAACAGCCAGUGCUGCUAGUUUCACACCUCCAAGUGUGCAGCAGAGCCAGGUCGCAGCAAAUAUUUCAACAUCAGCCAUGCCACAACAUGUCCCACAGAGCUACCAAGUGCAAGGCCACCAACAACAGCAGGCAGCAACAGCAGGCUCUUUGACUUUCCCUUUACAUGUCCAACAAACUUUUCAGAGCCGUGUGGCCUCCGCUCAGCAACAGACCCAGUCUGCAUCAGGAUAUCCCAGUACAGUUCGGCAACAGACUGCAGCAACAGCAGCAACCACCCUGCCAACACAGCAGCCAGCACAAAGCUUUCCUGUUGCAUCUGUAGCCACAACCCAGUGUCAUCCUACACAAGCUCCCAGUGCACUGCAACAGAAUCCAGCUGCAGUCAAACUGCUAAGUCAGCAGUCUGGUCAGAGCUCUUCCACACCAGCACUUUACAGCCAACAAAUACCCAUUCAGCAAGAGCACCAACAGCCUUUACCGCAAAAUACUCAGUCCAGUAUACCACCAACACAGCAUGCUGGCCAAGCUUAUAUAAAGCCUCAGCUGCCGCAUAGCCAAGACACUCUACAUACUGUGCACCAACACAUGGCACAACAACCUACACACCAUCCACAGAGCCAUCAGCCUCCUUCUCAGCAACAAGUACACACUCCACCUCCACAGAAGCACAGUCAGACAACCAUACAGCCAUUAGUACCACAACAGAACCAGGAUAUAGCCCAGUCUACAGCUCAGCGGAUUCAGAACCCUGCUGCUCAUCCUACAUCAACCCCAGCUGUGCAGGUUGCAGUCAUGCACCAGAGUUACCCUGCUGCAGCCCCGCCUGAUGCUGCCUCUCAGAGCUUUGCUCAUUCUGCCCUGCAGAAACAGUCAGUAUUGGGUCAGAGCCCGUACCUGCCUGCACAAUCUAUUGCUGCUGCACCGAUCUAUGGAGAAACUAACCAGUUUCAACCCUAUCUUUGUGCUGCUGCUAUCCUGAAUCAGAACAUCCCAGCUGGUCAGAGCAUUUCUCAGGUUGGGGAAGACGGACAGGGCCUCAGGCAAAAUCUAAGCCAAUCAGCUUCCAGUGUGCCAGCUCAGGCACUCCCUUCUCAGACUGCUGUCCACCACCAACUCCAACCUCUGCAGAUUUCAAACUCUUUACCAGCAACACAGUCAUCCCAGUUUCCCUCACAGUAUCCCACAGUCCAGGUGAUGCCAGCUGUGACUGACUGUGAAUCCUCCUACCCUUGCACCGCCCCCCAACCUUCAACCUCCCCUUCUCUUAAUCACCUCUACCUUUCCCCAGGACAGACACUCCCUUUGACUCCUUCUGUCUCUCCCCUUUCUCCUCUUCAAAUUGAAAACUCGUUGGUGUCACCCAUCCCAGUGUCUCUUAUACCUUCUCCAUCACACAUGCUGGCUAAGAUGGGACCAACAUCCCCACUGCACCAGCCUAUCACUCCUUUGCAUCAGAGUGUUAGAUCUGAAACUUCUCAAUCACAGAUUGCUUUUGUAUCCGCUUUGACCACUCACGCCAUACACUCACACAUGGCCUCAUCCCAGAACACACACCCUCCAACUAAUGGCAGCACCCAGCCUCUAAAACAGCAGGUCCUGGUCCCCCAUCCUGAGCAUGUUCCCACUCAUCCCGCAGUCUUUUCCUCACCUGUGCAGAAUGGCUCAGACCCUGGCACGGCCACCAACGCUGCCCUGCUGGACAACAAGAACCUGUGCCAGCUGCCCCCGCAGGCCCAAAAUCAACUUCAGAGCCAGAUGCCUGUGCCGCAGCACUCUGAAUCUCAAAGAGCAUUGUCGGGGCCUGCCAGUUCUAGUGUGACUCAGCAGAAACAGCUCGGUUCUCUCUCAGGAGCUGCAAGUCAGGCCCCAGCCGAUACCAUCACAGAGGAUCAGGCCACAGAGAAACCCACUGCAGGACAGAGCUGUGACAGUGUCAACUCUGAUGCUACGUCGGGAAAGGAAAUGAGUGAUGGCUAUGAGGGGACUCAUGGAGGUAAAGGUGAAGGAAAAGUCCGUAAACACCAUCGCAAGUCCUCUCGCACUCGUUCUCGGCAAGAAAAAAUCAGCCGGCCAAAGCUCAACAUGCUUAAUGUGUGCAACACUGGUGAUAAGAUGGUAGAGUGUCAGCUGGAAACACACAACCAUAAAAUGGUCACUUUUAAAUUUGACCUGGAUGGAGAUGCACCAGAAGAGAUUGCCACAUACAUGGUAGAGAACGAUUUUAUUCUGCCUCUAGAAAAAGAGGUCUUCAUUGAACAGCUGAAAGACAUUGUGGAUAAAGCUGAAGACAUGCUGAGUGAGGACACUGAGGGUGAGAGGAAUUUAGACCAGCGUGGCAGUCCCAAACAAAGUGACGGAGCCUGCACACUGGGAAUGGAGGGAUUGAAGACUUCGGCGCCCAGUAGUCCACAGCUGGUGUACCAGCAGAAUGUUCUCCAUACUGGCAAACGCUGGUUUAUCAUCUGCCCUGUGGCUGAGACCCCUAUGUUAGACAAAGAGAAGACUCCAUCUCACACAUCUGCUGCCAAGGAAUCUGACAAAUCUGCCUCAUCAUCAGUCGGGCCCAGCAGCAACACAUCUGCAGCAGCUACCCCAGCCCCAUCUUUAUCAUCCCAAACUGUCUCCUCCUCUCUGCCCCCUGCAGCUCAGACCUCAGUUAAACCUCAAGACCAAAAUAUUGACAAAGCACGAAUCCAGCAGCCUCAGCCCUGUGUAACUAAACACGCCUCUGCUGCUGGUGGUGCCUCUGGCCAUCACAAAACUCUUCCUGUGGAAGAGCCCUGCAUCUCUGCUGUCUCUAUGGUAACGGACAUGCCAUGCUGUGCUAUUGUGCCACCUGUCUCUCUAGAAGUUAAAGCUGUUGAUAAAAAAGCUUCUGGGAGUAUGACCUCAUCACAAACUCAUCAGUCUGAUCAGAAGUCCAGUCCUACUGAAGAACUCCCCACUCAGCUUUCCUCUCAUCAGUCUGUGGUCCUGCAGCAACCUUACGCCACACCCAUACAGCCUGGGACAGUCACCUCCCAGCCCCAGAGUCCGGCACAUCAGACCCCCCAGAGCUCCCAGUCGUCCAGCCACCCACAGUCAGCAAGUGCAGGGCCAGGAGAGUCAGACAGUGAGGGGCCAAAAAGGGUGGAAUUUGUGGAUCGCACCAUAAAAACUCUGGAUGAAAAGCUUAGAAACUUGUUGUACCAGGAGCAUGCUCCCUCCCAGUCUUCCAACACUGCGUGUGAGCCCCAGGCAGCAAGUACAGAGGGAGUCACUACACCUUCUGUGUCAGAGGGUCAGAGCACUGAGGGGGCACUUUCUAAGAAGAAAGGGGAGCCACUGCCUCAGAUUCCUGAGCGCACAGAUAGUUUGGGGGCACUAAGUGACUCUGCCACUAAUAGGGUUAUGAACAGACAAGAUGGGACGACCAACACUGGCUCAUGUAUCACCAAAAGUCGUUUUCAAAUCAUUCCAACUCCCCCAGAAGUCAUUUGUCGUUUAGAGAAAAGCAAGACAGGCCAAAGCACCUGCAGUUCAACAGCCCCCUCCAGUGGUUCUGGUGGGUCAUACAGCCAGUUCCUGGGCCAAGGAAGGAAAGAGAAGGCUUGUCCAGCUGUAGGGAAGUCCUCUAUGCCAGCUGCAGCUGAAAACGACAAUUCAGAAACUUCCAAACCUCAUGGCAGUAAUCGUUUCUCUGCCCCGCCGAACUUCUACCAGGCCACCCCAACUACAAGCCCUGAUGUCACCCCGAGCCAUAUCCCCAGGGCCCAGACUAUCGACACUCCAACGCAUCACCACUACCACCACUCAUCUCACCUUUACUCUGACUCAGCAGAUGAGGACAGCAGCAGCAUAGCUCUCCCUCCAGUCCACCCUGCUCCCCCAGCUCACACCCUGUCUGAGCACAGUGGAAGCGACCUCAUGAAGAGGGCAGUAGCCUUUCUGCGUCGCUCUGGUCGGAGCAAAAGUGAACAGAGCUCUGACUCGCCAAGCAGACACCUGGUGUCGAUGAAUGGUCAUGCUCCCUCAGCUCCUGCAGGACACGCUCACUCAUCCUACAUCAGCAGUGACAACGACUCUGAAUUUGAGGAUGCAGAUAUGAAGAAGGAACUACAGAAACUAAGAGAAAAACACAUGAAGGAAAUCUCUGAGCUUCAGGCUUUCCAGAGGAGUGAGAUUGAGCAUCUGUACAAGGAGCUGGGCAAAACGCUGCCUCCCAACGUUGGCCUACUUCACGCUGCACCUCCGAGUGGCCGCAGGCGCCGGACCAGUAAACACAAGCUGAAGGCUGGAAAACUGCUCAAUCCAAUGGUGCAGCAGCUCAAAAACAAUCUUAACACCUCCACAGAGAGGAAAGGUGAGAGUGGUGCCAGUUCAUCCGGCUCUCCGGCGAAAAGCUCAAUUCUGUCUGACGGCUCUGCCCAUUCCAGUGGCAGCUCCAGCUCCAGCACUCAGACCCGCUCUGCUCCAGAGCAGGUCCACACCCAGCAGCCCUGCUCCUUGAAGGGCUCUUUCUCCUCUGAUAAUAUCUAUGCCGGUCGUCAUGCUGAUGGGACAGCCAACCAAACUGGCCCUGGACAAGGCUGGACGGUUUACCACCAAACGUCAGAGAGAGUCACCUAUAAAUCUAGUAGCAAACCACGCACUAGAUUCCUCAGUGGACCUGUGUCUCUGUCCAUCUGGUCCACUCUGAAACGACUAUGUCUAGGCAAAGAUCGCAGUAGUAGGUCUUCCCUAAACACCAACACAACUCAGACAGCCGCCAGUCAGACACAGCCAACUCUCACCACUACCACGCCCUCACCAUCUCCUCAGCCAAUCGCACGACUCGCUCAGGUCCAGACCAACAACAGCAACAACAAGAGAGGCACGUUCACUGACGAUCUCCACAAACUUGUGGAUGACUGGACAAAGGAGACUAUCGCUGCGGCCAAUCAGCCACGGCCCUCCCUAAACCAGAUCAAACAGCAGAAACGACAGCAGGAUCUCGAAGGAAGAGUGUUACCCAAGGGUGUUGCUACACAAGAGAUGAAGUGCCACGUUGGUCCCAGAAAGUUCCAGUUGCCUCUCUCCUGCCCCCUGACUGCUGCUUUAGGCCCAGGCAUGCCCACAACCUUGGCACUCAACUCCUCAGCUGUGCUCCCUCCUGGGUACCUGCCCCCAGCAGGCUCCUAUGGUGGCAUGGUUCCUGGUCCUCUUUACCCCCAGCAGUGGCCUGGCUUGCCGAGUCCUGUGGGGACAGUGGGUCCUACAGGCCUGUUUGGUGCUGGAAGAAAUAUGCCCUAUGGCACAAUGGCAAACCCAGGGAUCCAAGCCUACCCUCUGGUCAUGCACGACUCUGAGAGUGGCCCCUGUCUCAAAACCACUAGGACUACUUAAGGUCCAACUGGGCUCUGCUGUGGUUCACCAGAGCCACAUGUACAUAAUGUGACCUUGUAAAUAACAUGAUGUGAGUGUUGGUAUUCUUUAUACAACACCUAUAUCUGUAGUUUAUUGUGUGUUUGAGUGUGUGCUUGAAUGUAUGCGUGUUUACUUUUUAGUAUAUGUUAAGUAUGUAUGUCUGUAUACAUAAUGCUUUUCAGCUUUGGCUUGACCAAACUCGGCCACACCAGACAUUUUAUUUGAGGUCACAAAACAUGCGUCACUUUAUUCUUUAAUACACUAAUACUGCAGUUUUCACAAUGAUUUUGCCUUUCUCUGUGUUAUGUACAUGUUAAACACUACAUUGGAACCCAAAAACCAUUGGUUUGAGACACAGAGACAGUAAACGAGACAGUAUUUAUGAUGAGAUCUGAAGAAAUGUAGUGCCUUGAACAUUGAUUUCUAGAUUGUUUUCUUCUGUGAAACAACAGCAUGUCUGCUUCCAAGUUGUUUUAUUUGAUGAUAGCUUGAGUGCAGUCUCUCUUUUUUUAAUGCAUAACAGACACUUAAGUUUUUUGUUUACAUAUGAAUGCCCUUGUAGUACUGCACUAUUAACACAGUAUAUGCUCUUAUUUAAAUAAUAAAAUCAUGUUUUAACCCUUGUUUACUUUUCACCCAUGUGACAGAUGGCAUGCCAUAUUGGUGAGAUGUGCCAUUGCCUUGCAGAAAGAAAUGUGUGACUGAUGAGAGAAGGAACACAAAAAUGCCAGCAGCCAAAAUCAACAUUUCAGGUCAAAUGGUUUAGUUGGACACGGCCUCUUUUUGAUUUGUUGGACAGCACAGGAGUUGUUGUAGCCUUGUGCUCAGAGGUAAAGGCAGUGUCCAGAGCCAUAUAUACUGUAAAUAGUUCUUUCUACAGUGUAUGCCUCUGGUAGUGAUCAGAAUGUAGCAAUUAUUAUGUGAAGGCUUGAGGCUUUAAAGUGCAAUUUAACCCCUCCACAAAGCUUUGAUCGUGGCCUUGCCACAAGCCUUAUCUCUGAUGAUGUGUGCAACAGGAGCAAGCUGAUAAAGUUGAACAAGUAAACAAAACACAAAGCAACAGAAAGAAACUACCCAUAUAUAAACAAUACAAACCACAAAUCAAACUCUAAAGCCACUAACUGCUAAAUGUUCUUCAACUUGGCUUUCCUAUUACUCAGCAUACAGUGUAUGUAAAAUGUUUUGUGCAAUCACCAGUUAAGUCUGACUUUUUAAAUAUUUGAUGUUUAAAGCUUGAUUUUUUUGAUGCUGCUAUUGUCUGAAGUUCUACUGUACAGUUUCGCUUUCUAUUCACAGAAGAUGGUACUUUAAAUAAAAACUCCUCUUAUUAGGUAAAUAAAUGAGACGCUCACAACAAACAGUGUUUUUGCCUUGGAGUUUUAUGUUGUCUGUGUUCCCCAGAUAGAUUUUGUUAAAGCCUUUUUUUUAUUUUUGUUUCAUUAAAAUAUUGCAAAAUUCUAUGAUACUUGACGCUGGAGAUUUGCACAACAGAUUUCCUUAACCUGUGUUCAAAAGUUUCCUACACUGUAUAUAGUGGGUAUCACAGCCUGUACUUUUUUCACAGAUAAGCAUGGUCAAAUCUCAUGUCCCACAAUGCAAAGAUAAAUAAGAUGGCUACUAUGGUCAGAAAUGUCACAUCUCCUCAACACAUUUAAAAGAUUUCAGUACCCCCAAUCCUGCCAAGCUGUGAACUGUACAGUCGUCUUGUACUAUAUAUUUGUACAUUUUGUUUGAUGGUGAAUUUGUGUACGGGGGUUGUUGGUGGUCGAAGUGGAGGGGUUGUUUUGAUGUAUAUUAAUCCAUCAAUUCGGUUUGAAUUGGACUUUUAUAGGAUAUUAUGCAGAUUCUUCUGCUUUGGUGAAAUACUUCCAGUAGUAAGAGAUUUCUGUUCUCUGUCACUUGUAUCUGGUAUGUUUUUUUCCACCUCCCUCGCUGUUAACUCGUUGGGAGCAGAGGAGGGAAUAACCGUUAUUUGCAUAUUCAUUAGGGCACAGUGAUCAAAAGGAGAGUUGAAAUGCACAGAGGAGCAGGAGUUACUUUGCCUUUGCACAUUUCAAUUCUUUGGGAGACAACAUUGCCCCCUAGUGAAUAUGCUCUGAUUGUCAAAGGCUUGUAUUUAAACUGUGUGGGAUUGCUUCUGCCUGCUGAUUGUCCCACAAUUUACCCUACCCUACCCUGCUGCACACUAAUCACGGACUGUAUGUUGAGAGAAAAAUAAAUAUU